UAUUUUAAUGGAAUCUCACUCCAACAAUGAAUAUGUAAAAUUGGUUUCCAUCUAAUUUACCACUUUUUUUUUAUUAUUUUUAAUUAAUGUAUAAAUAUGUGUAGCCUUCAUUCAUCAUUUUGUGUCAAAUCAUUGUGUAUUUUACAUAAAAAUCUUAUCACAAACUUCAAACUUCUCCAUGGAUCACCCAAAUGUUAGUUCUGAGAUUUUGAGGGAAUUCCUUGCCUUUGAGUCCGACUCUGAAGAUGAGUUGGAGCAGCUUUUUAAUGCACGAGAGACAGAUGAUCAAGAAGCAAAUGGGAGGAGACGAACUGGCCACCGUGGUUCCAUUCCAGGCCAUAGAAUUGUUCAACGUAAUCAUGUUGACGGUCACUCCAGAUUAUGGAAUGACUAUUUCAAGCCAGAUCCUGUUUACCACGAAGGUCUAUUCAGGAGAAUAUUUCGAAUGAGUCGAAAUCUUUUUCUCCAUAUUGCAAAUGCUGUGGUAGCGAAUGAUGCAUAUUUUGUCCAGAGACGGAAUGCAGCUGGAGUUUUAGGGCUCUCUGCUCUUCAAAAGAUCACCGCAGCGGUUAGGAUCCUUGCAUACGGGAGUCCAGCAGACUCUUUGGACGAGUAUAUACAGAUUGGUGAGAGUACUGCAAUUGCAAGUUUAAGAAGAUUUGUUAAAGGAGUCGUUAUAGUAUUCGGAGAAAGGUACCUGAGGGCACCCGACCAAAACGAUGUUCAACGUUUAUUAGCACAAAAUGAAGAACGUGGUUUUCCUGCUAAUGGUAGUGCACCUGAAGCAAUUUACAUGAUUAAUGGACAUCAUUACAAUAUGGGAUAUUAUCUCGCCGAUGGAAUAUAUCCCUGUUGGUCAACGUUCGUGAAAACAAUUCCAUGCCCACAAUGCCCGAAAAGGAAACAUUUUGCUAAAAUGCAAGAAGCUGCGCGGAAGGACGUAGAACGAGCUUUUGGGGUCCUACAAGCUCGUUUUGCCAUAACACGUGGAUCUGCAAGAUAUUGGGACAUUGAUACACUUGAUGAUAUUAUGACAGCUUGCAUAAUAUUACAUAAUAUGAUCGUUGAGGAAAACGGAGGUUCCGACCACAUAGACUUUGAGGGUCUCACAACUCCACCGACCAUGUCACGUACUCAAACAACUGAGUUUACAAGUUUCAUCCAAACACAUCAUCAAAUUAGAGAUGCUUCAACCCAUUCACAAUUGCAAGAUGACCUUGUAGAGCACUUAUGGGCUCGCUUAGGCUCAUCCGAUUGAGGCCACUAUAAUAUAUAGUUUGUGGGUAGAUCUGAAAAAGCCCUCACGAGACUAAAACUCGUCCACUAAGGUUUCCUUAG